AUGUCGGAUGUUUUAGAUUUGUGCCGUAAAUUCGAAUUAUUCCUGCCAAAUGUUGAACUAUCGUUAUCAGAAGUUAUAGAAUUGGAUGGUUGCACUAAAUCACUUUUGAAUCACUUUAUAAAAAAUCCAAACACCUUGAAUCAGCGAACUUUAAUCAAAAUACAAGCAAUAAUCGACUAUAUGCAUGAAAAAAUAAAUAUUGGAAACUGGAAAGAUGUAAAAUUAUACUUGAGAAAAACAAUAACCAUUAGUUCGUAUUUAAAACUUUUAAUCUAUUGGAAAGAUCCAAAUAAUCCAAUGGAUGACUUACUGAAAGAGUCUUACAAAAUAAUUGAUUUUGGCCUUGUAUUUGGAUGUCCAAUAGAAAAUGAAUUACAACUCUUACAAAAAUGUGCUGGUUUAUUAAAUCCUUACUCGAGUGAUUAUGUUAGUGAAAUAUCUACAAACACCAUUAAAUUAAAGCAUAACGAAGUGAAUGUUGAACCCAAUAAAUGCAAUACAGUGCCUGUAGAUGUAAUGGACUGCCCUAGCAUGGAAAGUUUCUAUACAAAUCGCAUAUUAAAAGAAAAACCUGUGGUUUUGAUUAACUGUAUGAAUAAUUGGCCUGCAUUAACUAAGUGGAAUGAUCAAAACUAUUUUCUGAAAAUGGCUGGGCUUAGAACUGUGGCUGUAGAACUAGGAAGCAAAUAUACAGAUUCAGAUUGGACACAAAAAUUAAUGACUGUUGAAGAAUUUAUUAAAGACCAUAUUUAUCAAUCAAACGGACCUAAGGGGUAUUUAGCCCAAUACCAGCUUUUUGAUCAAAUACCAGAAUUGAAGGCAGAUAUAAUUGAGCCAGAAUACUGUUGUUUUGCAGAAACUGAGAACCCUAUAGAUGUAAUGGCUUGGUAUGGACCAAAAGGUACUGUUUCACCGCUACAUCACGAUCCAAAGAAAAAUCUACUAUCACAAGUUGUUGGCGAAAAACAAAUUUACUUAUUCCCACCUUCGGAUUCUAAAUAUCUUUAUCCUCAUGAUCAUGAAUUGUUGAGCAAUACAGCAAAAGUUGAUCCCAGAGAACCAAAUUACGAAAUUUAUCCUGAAUAUAGACAUGCAAAGGCCUAUUAUUGCAAAUUAAAACCGGGACAGAUGCUGUUCAUACCACCGAAAUGGUGGCAUUUUGUUGAAUCAUUAUCAAUCAGUUUUUCUGUCAGUUUUUGGUGGGAUUAAACAUUGAAACUGAUUUACACAUUUUAUAUUUUAAACCUUUUAGUAGAAAUACAGGAAGGUAUGACAGAAAUAAAUUAUUCAAUUAUAAUUAUAUAUUUGUAUACAUUUUCUAUUAUAAUCAAUUUCUAUCA